UAAUUCAGAUCCGAAGGUUUCAGAAGACAUUAUUGUACAAUCAGAAAAAUCCAGUAAGUCUACAGAUGAUUCUGAAUGGUUACAACAGAAAAUGGGUAUAGAAGUUUCACCCGAAGUUGUGCCACAUGACCAAGGCUUAAGCAUUGAUACGACCCAUGAAGAAAAAACCCUAUCAACUUCUCUUGUAGAUUCAGUGGGAGAAAAUGAACAUUCGGAGAUCAAGAUAUUACAAAAUAAACCCAAAAAAUCUAUUUCCUCACCGGUUGGCCCAGCAGAUUAUGUUUGUACUAAAAUCGAUAGAGAAAUAAUUGAAUCUGUUAGAAAAAUUCCACCAAAACCUGGGAAGGAGGAGCUUGUGCUCAUAGAAGAUAUUCCAGUGUCGAGAAAUCACAUGGAAUGUCUUUUUCAACCACAUGAAUACUUGUCUGAUGAGAUCAUAGAUGCUUAUAUUAAUUUGUUGAAGGCCCAAGAUGGUUUGAAAAAAAGGCAAGGAGGUACGGUCUAUCUUGAAACUGCAUGUUUAACUGGAUGUAUGAAGCGUGAUGGAGAAAAUAAUGAGACCAUGGAAGACAUUUACCCUAAGCGCGGCCAUCGUCCUGCUUUAGUUCAAAGGGUGCAAACUUACUUGGAACAUGAUAUGGUGUUCCUUCCAAUAAAUGUUACGCAUACACACUGGUACCUUGCAGUUAUAAACGCUAAUAAACAUGAGGUCCAGGUGCUAGACUCUUUGGGAGAUAUGUUCGGACGUGAUGACCUGAAUAAAGUUCGAAUUGGAUUGAGGAGACAAAUAGAAUUCGUAUUCAAUGAGGAGAAAUGCAUGAAAGAGCAUAAAUGGCUAGAUGUUAAAGUUGAUGAUUGGCCGGUCAAUGAGAUUUUUCAUGACAAAUUCUUACAAAAAGAUGGUUUUUCAUGCGGAUUGUUCUUAAUAAAUUUUAUGGAAUAUUGGACUGGCAUUGAAUUAUCAGACAAUUUCAAUCAGGAUGAUAUGAAAGCGUUUAGACUAAAGCUUGCGGCAAUCUUGCUAUCGUCGGACUUAAAUAAACGAAAGGGUUGUCCAUAUCUUGAUAGCGAUAAAAAUAUUGGAAGCCCAAGCGACUGUACCAUAAUAGAAAACCCAAAUAUGGCUGAUCAAGCAUCCGCGAAAAAGAGAAAACAUUCUAAGGAAGUCGAAUGCUCGGUGGUUCAAACGGACACCCAACAUAUACAGACACACAACAAAUCCUCACAAGUCCAUGCCCUCGAAGAAGCUGAUGAGUUUUGGGCAUUUGAUGCCAUGAAAGAGAUGCCAAUGAGUAAGGAAGAGAUGACUGAGUUACUAUGUGAUUACGUCAUGGCAAUUCAGGAUGAAGCGAUUUUGAAGAAGCCUUGGGUUAAAGGUUUUCAUCCCUCUAUGAUUGCUCUAAGUGUUCAGGAUCUGCAAGGAUUGUUAAUUAGCAAUCGAGACAUCCCUGAGAACUGUUUCGAAAUAGGGGUUCGUUUUCAGGCGGCCCGAGAGUACAAUAUAAUGAAAAAAUACAAUAAUAUUACAAAGCAUCAUAUGGAUCUAAGAUUUUGCAGAAUGUGUGCUUUAACAAAGAUGCCAGAAUAUCGUAAAAAAUACAAAACGAGCGAAAUGGCUGCUGCGAUUGGUAUAUGUGAGGAUAUAGAGUACAACUUAGCACAAUGCAUAUACUUUCUUUUGCCAUGGCUAUCCUUUCGAAAAUAUAUGCUUUAUGUUUUCGAUCAGCAAGAAAAAACACUUAUCAUGAUUGACCCUAGACCUGUUGAAGAAUGGUGUAAAGACACACCAGCGCUUAUGUAUGCCAAAUACACUCUUGGAUUUAGCUACAACUACACAGCCGCAGUAAAUAAACAUAUUCCUGGAUGGGAUGAGGAUGUUUUCAAAUAGAAAUUUAAACGGGCAGAAAACAUUGCAGAGGACAUAGAUGGGUACUUAAGUGGAUUUCUCAUCCUACAGUAUAUGUCUGCAUGGAAUAGACCACAAGCCACACACAUUUAUACCAAUGGUAUGGAGAUGCGGCGAAACUUAUUUGUGGAUUUACUAGCGCACGAAAGAAAUGGAUAUCGAAGAUUUCUUCCUGCCGAUAUUAAACAUUAUCUUGGUCGUAUCACCGAAAGGUCUAUAAAGUAGAAUUUGUGAACUUAUAAUAAUUGCUCUCCGUGACUAUGUUUGAUAUCAGAAACUUUGCUUCUUUAAGAAAAAUAUCACUUUAUAG